GUGCGCACUUUCCUCAUUGUACACCAGUAUACACCAUCUACUAAUUGCUCUGGGAGAUAGUAAUGAAAAUUCACCUUCAAUUUCGUUCAAAUUAUUAACUACUAUGAAUCACCAAAUGUCAUGCACAGUGUAAAUUAAUCAGCAGCUGGGUUUGGAUUUUGCCAGUUUCCUCACUGAAGGGAGAGAGAGGAAGUGGGAAGAAGCGCCAAAAGUCGUAAAAAUGGCGGAUUUUCAGACAUCUACUCAUAGAGCAAAGUGGAUUUUCACUCAACAAGAGUUGAACGAGAAAUAUAAAGCUGCUAAUCAGAGAGCCAUACAGUCACUGGAAAAGUAUGGUACAACAUGUUUGCAGAUUGAUGCUGAUGGAUCUUUCUCGAAUCCUAGAGGCGACCCAGUUAGCAAUGGUAUUAAGUCGUCUCGUGUGAAGCCACUCAAGGUUGAAGAAGAAACAGUGUUACAUGUUUAUUAUGAAAACAAGAUUCAGGAAGUAUGUGGAGCUUUCAAGUUUCCACAUAAAAUUCAGGCUACUGCACUUACGUACUAUAAAAGGUUCUACCUCUGCUGGUCAGUCAUGGAGCACCAUCCAAAAUCUGUUAUGCUAACCUGUAUAUAUCUAGCUUGUAAGAUAGAGGAGAGUCAUGUUUCAGCGGAGGAGCUUGGCAAGGGUAUCCAACAAGAUCAUCGGAUGAUUUUAGAUAAUGAGGUUCUAGUCCUUCAGAGUUUGGGAUUUGAUCUUAUUGUUUACACACCAUAUCGGUCAAUUGAUGGGUUCAUUAAUGAUAUGGAGGAUUUUUGCUAUGCGACGAACGGCCAAGUUGACAUGUUGCAGGAGUUGCAUCAAAGAGCAAUCUUCGAAGCUGAUAAAGCAAUGCUUACAGAUGCGCCGCUUUUAUUUCCUCCAGGCCAGUUGGCAUUAGCUGUGCUCCGUAAGGCGAAUGACGAGCUCUUGGUUCUUGAUUUUGAGAGAUAUCUUGAGAGCAUCCUCUCACGCCAUCACUCUGCACACUCUAUUUUAGAGCUGAACCAGGGCCUGAAUGCUAUAGAUUUGCUGAUCAAGAGAAUCAAAAUCAGUAAUGACGAGGAGAUGAAGCGUGUUGCUAAGAAGCUAAAAUCUUGUCAAGAUACUGGAUCCCGAGACGACAGUAAGAAGAAGGAGAAGAAAUCAAAGCACAAGUCUAGAAGAACUCCACAAGAAACUCAAACGACUCAGUUUGCUGCUGCUGAAUAAGGUGAUGUUUUCCACAAUGGACUUGUUUGACUGAGUGAUCCAUCAUAAAAUUGUUGGGGCGCUACGAACACAAAAGCCAAUUAUUACCUUCUAGUGCCGGGUUAAUGAGGUCAUCUUGUCAUCUGAAUUUUAACAGGUGUGCGAUACUUUGAUUACUGCAUCGAGUUUCGCUUGCUUGAGGAGAGGUCGUUUGCUGUAUGUUGGUGUAAAACGGCAAAUAUCAAGGAUUAGGACAAUACAACAAUUAUUUUAGGAUGCAAAAGUUAUGCUAAUUGUGCCUCUUCAUUAAGUUGCUAGUUGAAUUCUUAAGGUUCCUAGUAGGGGGCUUUCCCCUUCAACUAUUACCACUUUUUAUAGGGGCUACUGGAAACGGGAAAGGACUUGUCCUAUCAACCAUGGUAGCUCCUUCCCUUUUUAUUAAGAAAGAAAGUGGCUAAAUUUUGGCAAAAAAUCAAUGUUAACUAGAUAAAUUUGAUUGGAUAAACAUAUGAAUUCUCCUUGUAUAAAUAACUGUUUUAGCUGUGGAGUUCUCAUCUUUUUA